AUGGCUAACAUAAUCCCUCACAAAAGCCUAGAAGGCCGACUCCUGUUCGCUGUCCCCAAGAAGGGGCGACUCAAUGCCGCAGCCCUCAAUCUUCUCGAAGGCGCCGACAUUCAGUUCAGGAGAGAGAACCGACUCGAUAUAGCUCUCGUUAAGAACCUCCCUAUCGCCUUGAUCUUCCUCCCCGCCGCCGAUAUUCCCACUUUCGUUGGCGAAGGUCGUGUAGACUUGGGUAUUACUGGGUAUGAUGUGGUUCAAGAGCACGAUGCUGGUGUGCGGUCCGUAAACAAGAAGAGAAGGUUUACUGGAGAAAUCACCCCCGAGGAGGAGAGCGCAAGAAGUGCCGCUACUGGCUGCGAAACGGUUAUGGAUCUUGGUUUUGGCGCCUGUAAGCUACAGGUUCAGGUUCCUGAGAAGGGUAGCUAUGCCACGCCAAAGGAUCUCAUCGGCAAGAACAUUGGCACCAGCUUCGUCCACCUGGCGGAGAAGUACUUCGCCAGCUUGGAGAUUGAAUCCGGGGAGCAAGGCGCUUAUGAUGGCAAGAUCAAAACGAAUAUCAUCGAGCUGAGUGGCAGUGUCGAGGCCGCCUGCGCAUUGGGUGUCGCAGACGGUAUUGUGGAUCUUGUCGAGUCCGGCGAAACAAUGAAGGCAGCUGGCCUGAAGGCAAUCGAUACGGUCGUAGAAUCGAGUGCCAUCAUGAUCAAGUCAAAAGCUCCAAGCAACCCAGAAUUGGUCGACCUCAUCGCAGCCCGCAUUCGUGGCGUGAUCACUGCGCAAAAAUUCGUUCUCUGCCAAUACAACAUCCAGAGAAGCUCGCUCACUUCAGCCACAAAGAUCGCCCCCGGUAAGCGCGCUCCAACAGUCACUACCCUUGACGAGGAUGGCUGGGUGGCUGUUAGUAUUAUGGUUGAGAAGAAGAAGAUUGCGCUGGUCAUGGAUGAACUGACAAAAGUUGGUGCCACGGAUAUCUUAGUGUUGAGCAUCACAAACACUCGUAGCGACUAG